CCAUUUCUCUCAAAGUAGCUGAAAAUUGCAUAGAGUGCACAAUUCAGCAACUUUCACUUCAAUUCCUCUCUCAAUUCCAGAGAGAGAGAGAAUGGCAGUCUGCAGAGUCUACACAACCCAAUCUCUCAACUCAACAAGCUCAAUCUCCACAUCAACAAAAACCAACUUGGAUUUUCACCAAAAACAUGUUGUGUUUUAUAGCACUUCUGGUAAGAGAAGCAGCAAGAGAGGUAGUAGUAGUACCACUACUGUGAUAACCUGCUCAGCAGGUGACUCACAGACAGUUGUGAUUGGUCUGGCAGCAGACUCUGGAUGUGGGAAGAGUACUUUCAUGAGGAGGCUAACUAGUGUUUUUGGAGGAGCAGCAGAGCCACCCAGAGGAGGAAAUCCAGACUCAAACACGGUGAUAAGUGACACAACUACUGUGAUAUGCUUGGAUGAUUAUCACUCUCUUGAUAGAACUGGAAGGAAAGAGAAGGGAGUGACUGCUCUUGACCCAAGAGCCAAUAACUUUGAUCUCAUGUAUGAACAGGUUAAGUCAAUCAAGGAUGGAAUUGCUGUAGAGAAACCAAUCUAUAAUCAUGUAACUGGUCUUCUUGACCCUCCUGAGCUCAUCAAGCCUCCCAAGAUAUUUGUCAUUGAAGGACUUCACCCUUUGUAUGAUGAGAGAGUAAGGGACCUGUUGGACUUUAGUAUUUACUUGGACAUCAGUAAUGAAGUUAAGUUUGCAUGGAAAAUUCAGAGGGAUAUGGCCGAGAGAGGGCACAGUCUUGAAAGCAUUAAAGCUAGUAUUGAAGCAAGAAAGCCAGACUUUGAUGCUUAUAUUGAUCCGCAGAAGCAAUAUGCAGAUGCUGUGAUUGAAGUACUCCCAACCCUACUCAUCCCGGACGACAAUGAGGGGAAGGUGCUGAGAGUGAGGUUGAUAAUGAAGGAAGGAGUGAAGUACUUCAACCCUGUUUACUUGUUUGAUGAAGGCUCCACUAUUUCAUGGAUACCCUGUGGAAGGAAACUGACCUGCUCUUAUCCUGGCAUCAAGUUCUCCUAUGGCCCUGAUACUUACUUUGGCGACGAGGUGUCUGUACUGGAGAUGGAUGGGCAAUUUGACAGAUUAGAUGAGCUAAUCUAUGUAGAGAGCCAUUUGAGCAGCAUUUCCACUAAGUUUUAUGGAGAAGUCACUCAACAAAUGUUGAAGCAUGCUGAUUUCCCUGGUAGUAACAAUGGAACUGGUCUCUUCCAAACUAUAAUUGGAUUGAAAAUAAGAGAACUCUACGAACAGCUUGUCACCAGCAAGGUCCGAGCCCCAGUAGAAGCCAAAGCCUAAACACAAGCAUAAACACAAAAGCACUUCCUCUUAUUCAGUCUUUUUUUGCCUUUUCCAGUUGCUCUUUAGGCUGCUGGUUAAAAUGAGAAACAAUCUAUGUACCUAUUUCAUGUUGUAAUUGUGUUGGGAGUUAGUAAUAUAGAGAAGAAAUAACAGAUGGAAUUGAGUUAAGAAA